GUCCAACAAGCCCAACUUUACCCAUCAGACCGAUAGCUACUUCACAGAAACCUGAAAAAUCAUGUCUCCAGCAGCGCUCACACCAGAACCAACAUUCCAGGUCCUACCACUGAUCAAGCGCAAAGACCAGAAAUUCAGCUUUGGCGCCAUAGUAGAAGGGUUAGAUCUCAACAACAUUUCCGAUGGCGACGUCAAAAGAUUAAAGGAAACAAUAUGGACUCACAAGGUCAUUGUCGUCAAGAAUCAGAGGGACCUCAAGCCGGAAAAACACUGGGAGCUGGUGACACGUUUCGACCCAGAGGCCUCCCAGGUCCAUAGCCACGGCGACUUGAAGACAUUUCAACAAAAAGGCGGCGUCCUCUCCAAAGCUCGAGACGUCUACGGCAUACCUGGCGCCGAAAAUGUACGACUGAUCGGCAAGGGAUACCAGGGUGACGACCAUUACGGCCUCAAGAACCUGACCGUCAAAGGCCUCUCCAACGACUUCCACGCCGACCCUCCCGACGAAACCGAGUUCGCCGAGGGCAUCACGCGUUUCCAGAGGUGGCACAUCGACGCACCCCUAUACGCCCGCGACCCGGCGUGGUUCACGACCCUGCGAGCUGUCAAGCUCCCGACCGGGCCGGACGUGACCAUCCGCUGGGACGACGGUUCUGGACUGAGCAUGACCUCUCCUCCGGGUCUCACUGCUUUUUUCAGCACGUCCCAGCUCUAUGAAAUGCUAAGUCCCGAGGAACAACGACUCGCCGACCACAGCUGGGUCGAGUACGCCCCACAUCCGUAUAUGUGGAUCGAGAACUGCAAAGCCCCUUCGACCGGGUUGGGCCUCAAAUCUCAGGGGAAGGAACAUACAAUUGAAGAGUUAGGAGAUUAUGAUGAACGAGAUAUCAAGAGGUACCCAUUUGUUUGGGUGAAUCCCAUCACAGGCGAAAAAGCAUUCCAAGUACAUGGUCUAGCCGCACGAAAACUCUUUUUACGUUCAUCCGCCUCCGAACAACCCAAGGUGAUCGACGACGUGGUCGCCAUCCGUUCUUUCCUCCAUGACAUCCAACCCCGCGUCCUGCGACCAGAGUACAUAUGGUUGCCCGAGGUGGAAGAGGGCGACGUCGUGAUGUGGGAUAAUUACGGCACGUUCCAUACCGCUGUCGACUAUCCUUUGGAAUUGUACGGUCCCAGAACUAUGCAUCAGGCGAAUGUGGGAGCUAGUAGAGGUCCAGUAGGACCGGUUCCCAUUCCUGCUACCUGCUGAAUAAAAGAAGAACAAGGUCCUGCCAC